CUAAGGAUUUUUGGUUAAGAAAACUGUGCAAUAAUUUCCAAUAAGAUAAAAGCCUGUAUAUUAUGAUGAUUUCACUGAUUAAAAUUUUGUUCUAUUUAUAAAUAAAAAGUUAGCUGAUUUACGAUGUAUUAUAUGAAUAUAUUAGUUCAAAGUGGCAGCAACGAUUUAUCAGUUAAAAGAAUAAUGAACUUAAAGAUAAAAAUCCCAAAAGACAAAAAUACUGAGGGAUAGAAAAUAAAAAGAAAGGCAUCAAUAAAGAAAAAGUCUUUAUCAGUUUAGAAAGAUGAUUCAGAGAAAAAGUUUAGGUACAAAUUUAGAUCUCCACCGGUAAAACCUGAGGUUAGAUUAGCAUCUUAUUUAAAUGAUGAAUUACUAAAAUAACAUUAGAUAAGUCCAUUGUAUUAAGAAUACAAAUUAGCAAAUUUAAAAGCAAACUUAGUAAAAUUGCAAGCUAAAAAAUCAUACUAAUUAAAUGAAUUAAAUCAUGUAGAAUUAGAAGAUGAAGAAUAAGUGAAAUAUUUUUUAACAGAAAUAUGUAGAAAUCAUCCUGAAAUUGAUGUAGGAUAACUAUUAAGAGUGGAUGUUGAAAAGAAAGAGUUAAAAUUAGAUAAUUAAGAAUAAAUAUUAAAGGAACUAAUAUAGAAAAGAAUAAAAUAAGAAGAAUUAGAAUAAUUAAUGAAAUUAGAAUAAUAAUAUAAUUAAAAUCUUGUAAAUAUUUACAAAGAAACUAGAUAUGAUUAAUUUGAACCAGAAUUUAAAAAAUAAGGUUAAAUUAAUAUGUGUAAAAUAAAGAGAUAAAAAGAAAUUUAAGAUAAAAUGUUUUCUGAAAUAUUUAAAGUUAAAUCACAUCAUCAUCAUCAUCAUCAUUCUUCUAAAAAUAAUACACGUAAACAUUUGUUUCAUACUAAAAAUAAUACUCCAGAAUCUAAACAUAAAGUUACACUUUCAUAAUAAUUUUCACCAUCAAAUAAUAUAUUUAUUUCUUAACCUACUACAGUAUAAAUAUCACCAUAAACAUCAAUGCAUUAAGAAAUAAAACCAAGCUUAAUGACAACUUCUAUCGGUACUUUUAGUGAUAGUAGAUCUCCUAUAAAUAUAUAAAACACUGAUUUUAGUUAAAAAAUAAAGACUAUUAUGGAUAAAUGUGAAUUAUUUGAAGAUGAACAUAAAAUAUCAAAUUAGAUAUUAAAAAAAAGAAUUAAUUAAAUGGGAAGAGAAUUAAAUUCGUAUUAUGAUACAGCAAGAAGUCGAUAUAAAAAUUAAGAUAUGGAAAUAGAUACAAAUGAUGGAUUUGAUAAAUUUUUAUAAGAAAAUCAUUUCAAAAGAAAAUUAAUUGAAUUUCAGGUUAGUUAAGUUUAAAAUUUACAUGAAGUACUUAGUCAAAAAGCAAAAAGAGAAUUAACUAAUAAUUUUAUGGGAUCUGAUUAAGAAAAAUAGAAAUUAUUUUGA